CUCCAAGAGUUGCUCUCCAUCGGGAUGUGUUUCAAUACGCGCUGAUGGACUUUAAAUGAAUUUGCGACCGCUGUGAACCCCCCUUUGACGGCGACUUUGAGUAUUUUCUCGUGCGCCAUUCCGAUGAACGCUGCGCCAAGAGCAGCGCUACGUAAAGCCAAACAGCCUGUGUGGACACCAGCAGUCGCGUUUGUAAGCGCGAAAGAAAAGGUCUAAAUGUGAGCAAGUCCCGGAGUGUUAUUCGGAAGAUAAGGCUGCUUCAGUGAGACGCAAAAGUUUAAAGAAAAGUUGAGAAAACGCUGUUCUCUUCGCGUGAAUGCGCGCUUUCUGCGCAUACAUUGCUUUUAUUGAUCCGUCAGGUGAAAUCUGAAUAAAUCACAAAGAGAAGAUUCAGUCAAAGGCGCAUGAAAAUCUUUCUGCAACUACUCUUGGCUAAUAACUUGUUGAAUGAGCAGCUCGUCCCAGGAGCGCAUUUUUAAAUGAUGCUGUCUGCUGCAAAAUCCGCAACUGACAGGAGAUCGAGCUAAGACAUCUGACAACCACUGACUUAUGAGGAGUGUCACUCCUCUCUGCACAUCACAUCUGACCGUUGGUUGACCCUCUCAUCAACGCCCAACACUCGUGAAGAAGAAGCUCCCUUGUUGACACACCUCAUCAGCCAGGCAGAAGUGGCAGCAAUCAAAGACAAAAUAACUGAAUGGGGGCUAAUCGUUGCCUGAAGCUGCUCACACAAAAGUAGCAACAUGCUGCCACAGUUCCCAGAUGCACCAUUGCACCGUUCAAAGCUGCAGUUAAUUUAGAAAACUCUCGGCGAUAUUGUCAUUUCUGUGACGAAGCAGCAGCUGUAAAGACAAAAAGAAGUUCCACAGAGACCAUACAAAUCAAGAUCAGCGAUGCUUUGGCCCGUAUUGUUCACUCUGCAAGCUGUGUGCACCAGCGUGGCACAUGCCAUGCAACAUUACCCGGCGGCCUGGGGACACUAUGACGUGUGCAAGUCCCAGAUCUAUACAGAGGAGGGCCUGGCGUGGGACUACAUGGCCUGUCAGCCAGAAGCCACCGACAUGACAAAGUACCUGCGAGUGGCCCUCGACCCCCCAAAUAUCACGUGUGGAGAUCCGCCAGAAACGUACUGCGCUUUGGAGAAUCCUUAUAUGUGCAACAAUGAAUGUGACGCCAGCACCGAGGAGCUGGCCCAUCCUCCAGAGCUGAUGUUUGACUUUGAGGGUCGCAACCCCACAACGUUCUGGCAGUCCACCUCAUGGAAGAAAUACCCAAAGCCCCUCCAGGUUAACAUCACGCUGUCGUGGAACAAAACCAUCGAGCUGACUGACGACAUCGUGCUGACUUUUGAGUCAGGCCGACCAGAGCAGAUGGUCCUGGAAAAGUCCCUUGACUACGGCCGGACCUGGACCCCGUACCAGUUCUACGCCACCGACUGCCUGGACGCCUUCACCAUGGAACCCAAGACAGUUAACGACCUCACCCAGCGCACCCUGCUGGAUAUCAUCUGCACUGAGGACUACUCCCGAGGCUACGUGUGGAAGAAUGACAAGACAGUACGUUUUGAGAUAAAGGACCGCUUUGCCCUUUUUGCCGGGCCACGGCUACACAAUAUGGCCUCGCUGUACGGCCAGCUGGAUACCACCAAGAACCUGAGGGACUUCUUCACCAUCACUGAUCUGAGGAUUAAGCUGCUGAAGCCAGCAACUGGAGCCACCAUGGUGGAUGAGAAUAACCUGUCCAGAUACUUCUACGCCAUCUCUGACAUCAAGGUGCAGGGCAGGUGCAAGUGUAACCUGCAUGCCAACAGCUGUGUGUUUGACAAGGGGAAGCUGGGCUGUGAGUGUGAACACAACACCACAGGGCCAGACUGCAGCCGCUGUAAGAGGCACUACCACGGAAGAGCCUGGAGUGUGGGCUCCUACCUCCCUAUACCCAAAGGAACAGCAAAUAUAUGUAUCCCCAGUAAUCAUGGACCAGUGCAUCGAGCAAAUGCUUCAUCUCUUGGUGUUGCAAAUCGUAACCAAGCUCGGGUGUGUGACAACGCGAUGCUGCGCUGUCAGAACGGUGGCACUUGCCACCACCAUCAGCGGUGCCAUUGUUCCCCCGGCUUCACGGGCGUCCUGUGCGAGAGAGUUCGCUGCCAGGGCCCCGGGGAGUGUGAUGACCAAUUGUCUGGACGGGCCUCCUUCCAUCAUCCCCCCAUCAGCCGCCAGCUCACUCUUACCCUUGUAGUGCUCCCGCUAUUGAUUGUUUCCCUUUGCUGAGAGACCUGAACGGCCUCCCACCCCUCAACCAAAACCCUAAGACCACAUAUGUUGAGACUGAACUCUCAACCUUAAGGACAUAAAGGACAAAGGAUGUGUGGACAAUGUGCUCAGCAUACAAUAUAAGCAACUCUUUUGUAUAUCCAAGGCCACA